AUGGAUCCCCAAGACAAUAACCUCUACGACACGGCGUCGCAACCAGACACGGCAACAGACGCCUACACCUUCCUUGAAUUUAACACACAAGGCGAAUCCGAUUUUGACUACCCCGAAUUCCGCUCUCCGGUGGCCUGGCCCACUCCUUCCGAUUCGCUUGUGGCUAACUCCUCCGCCGUAGAACCUGUCUCAUCCGACCACCGUGCCGCCGCUUCGGCCUCCGAUCACCACUCUGAUUCUCCUGCCGCGUCCCCUGUCGCGUCCAAAUCUACUUCGCGCGGCGGAGGAGCGAAUACCGGGACGACCCAGGGGGUGGUGGAGGGUUUAGUGGCGAGUAUGGGGGGGUUGAAUUUUGAAGAUACGGGAGAUGAUGAUGGGUAUGAGUUUGGGAAAGGGGAUUUUACGGAGCACGCGUGUCGGUACUGUGGAGUUUCGAAUCCUGCGUGUGUUGUGAGGUGUAAUGUGCCGUCCUGUAGGAAGUGGUUUUGUAAUUCGAGAGGCAAUACCUCUGGUUCGCAUAUUGUUAAUCAUCUGGUUCGAGCAAAGCAUAAAGAAGUCUGUCUCCAUAAAGACAGCCCUCUGGGAGAAACAAUACUUGAGUGCUACAACUGUGGUUGCCGAAAUGUAUUUCUUCUGGGAUUUAUAUCAGCCAAGACAGAGAGUGUUGUUGUCCUCCUCUGUAGGGAACCUUGCUUGAAUGUUAAUGCACUGAAGGACAUGAACUGGGACCUGAGCCAGUGGUGCCCCCUGAUUGAUGAUAGGUGUUUUUUACAAUGGCUCGUGAAGAUCCCAUCUGAACAGGAGCAGUUGAGGGCACGACAAAUUAGUGCUCAACAAAUAAAUAAAGUAGAAGAACUUUGGAAAACGAAUCCUGAUGCCACCCUUGAAGAUCUUGAGAAGCCUGGUGUUGAUGAUGAGCCUCAGCCUGUGGCAUUGAAGUAUGAAGAUGCAUAUCAGUAUCAAAAUGUGUUUGCUCCACUUAUUAAGCUCGAAGCUGACUAUGAUAAGAUGAUGAAAGAGUCUCAAAGCAAGGAUAAUGUCACUAUUCGAUGGGAUGUUGGCCUUAACAAGAAGCGUGUUGCAUAUUUUGUAUUUCCAAAGGAGGACAAUGAGUUGCGUCUUGUACCUGGUGAUGAGUUGCGAUUGCGCUAUUCUGGAGAUGCAGCUCAUCCAGCAUGGCAAUCAGUUGGGCAUGUGAUCAAGUUAACUGCACAAGAGGAGGUUGCACUUGAGCUUCGUGCUAGUCAGGGUGUUCCUGUUGAUGUGAACCAUGGUUUCAGUGUUGAUUUUGUUUGGAAGAGUACAAGCUUUGAUCGGAUGCAGGGAGCAAUGAAAACUUUUGCAGUGGAUGAAACAAGUGUCAGUGGGUAUAUAUACCACCACUUGUUGGGCCAUGAGGUUGAGAAUCAAACAGUUCGAAAUGCAUUGCCUCGCCGUUUUGGUGCACCCGGUCUUCCAGAGCUGAAUGCAUCCCAAGUUCUUGCUGUGAAGAAUGUGCUCCAGAAGCCUAUAAGUUUGAUUCAAGGUCCGCCUGGCACGGGGAAGACUGUCACUUCUGCAGCCAUUGUAUAUCACAUGGCCAAACAGGGCCAAGGGCAGGUUUUGGUGUGUGCCCCAAGUAAUGUAGCUGUAGAUCAGCUAGCUGAGAAGAUAAGUGCCACUGGCUUAAAGGUUGUUAGGCUAUGUGCAAAAUCAAGGGAAGCCGUUAGUUCUCCUGUUGAGCAUCUCACCCUUCACUACCAGGUUAGACAUCUAGACACUUCAGAGAAAAGUGAACUUCACAAGUUGCAACAAUUGAAAGAUGAACAAGGAGAACUGUCCAGCAGUGAUGAGAAAAAAUACAAAGCACUGAAACGAGCAACAGAAAGGGAAAUUUCUCAAAGUGCUGAUGUCAUCUGUUGCACUUGUGUUGGUGCCGGAGAUCCUCGGUUGGCAAAUUUUAGGUUUCGCCAGGUACUUAUUGAUGAGUCAACUCAGGCGACAGAACCAGAGUGUCUUAUUCCUUUGGUACUUGGUGCAAAGCAGGUUGUUUUUGUUGGUGACCACUGCCAGCUUGGUCCUGUCAUAAUGUGCAAGAAAGCUGCUCGUGCUGGGUUAGCCCAGUCUCUAUUUGAACGCCUUGUUUUACUUGGUGUGAAACCAAUUAGAUUGCAGGUUCAAUAUCGCAUGCACCCAUCUCUUUCUGAAUUUCCAUCUAACAGCUUUUAUGAAGGCACUCUGCAAAAUGGAGUGACGGUCAAUGAGAGACAAUCAUCAGGCAUUGAUUUUCCUUGGCCUGUGCCUAAUCGUCCAAUGUUCUUUUAUGUCCAGAUGGGACAAGAAGAGAUAAGUGCUAGUGGGACAUCCUAUCUAAAUCGUACAGAGGCUGCAAAUGUUGAAAAAAUUGUAACUACGUUUUUGAGGAGUGGUGUAGUCCCUAGCCAGAUUGGAGUGAUAACACCUUACGAGGGACAGAGAGCUUAUAUUGUGAACUAUAUGUCAAGGAAUGGUGCCCUCAGACAGCAACUAUACAAGGAAAUUGAGGUUGCAAGUGUUGAUUCAUUUCAAGGAAGAGAAAAAGAUUACAUUAUCUUGUCUUGUGUUAGGAGCAACGAACAUCAGUCCUCAUUAUGCAUGUUGACAUGUAAAGGAGACAAUUGCCAAAUCCAUUGUUGUCACCAUCUUACUCUUCCCUUUCCCAUGUAUGCUAGAAGGUACGAUCCUAGUUUUGACAAGAUGCUCAUGUGGAAGCACUUGUCUGAUAGCCUGUUAUUUGAUUCACCAUCAAAGUUGUCUCUUGUGGGCAUUGGAUUUCUUAAUGAUCCUCGGAGGUUGAAUGUUGCUCUAACUCGUGCUCGAUAUGGUAUUGUCAUCUUGGGAAACCCUAAAGUUUUAAGCAAGCAGCCUUUGUGGAAUAGCUUAUUAACUCACUACAAGGAACAUGAGUGCUUGGUUGAAGGACCUUUGAAUAACUUGAAGCAGAGUAUGGUUCAAUUUCAGAAGCCCAAAAAAAUUUAUAACGAUAGGAGACUUUUCUUUGGUAGCGGACCUGGAAUCGUCCCAAAUGAUAAUUUUGGGUCUGUUGCCUCAGCCAGCCCAAAUGCUGAUAGAAGAAACUCCCGCGCCAGGGGAUCUUAUAUGCCACCUGGCCCACCCAAUGGUACCCAUAAGCCUGGUGUGCAUCCUGCUGGAUUUCCAAUGCCUCGGGUCCCCAUUCCACCAUUUCAUGGUGGUCCAGCUUCUCAACCAUAUGCUAUUCCAACUCGUGGAGCUGUGCAUGGGCCAAUUGGAGCUGUUCCUCAAGUCCCUCCUCCAGGAAGUCGAGGUUUUGGUGCUGGGCGUGGCAAUACUGGUGCGCCUAUUGGAAGUCAUCUCCCUCACCAGCAAGGCACCCAGCAAGGCAUUGGGAGUGUUGGAUCUUUCAACUUUCCUGCCAUGGAGAAUCCAAAUAGCCAGCCAUCUGUGGGCGGUCCAUUAUCUCAACCUGGAUAUGUUAAUAAUAUUCCAGUUCAGGGGUCGAGCCAAACAUUUCGUGAUGGAUUUUCCAUGGGGGGUAUGUCCCAGGAGUUCUUGGGUGAUGACUUCAAAAGCCAGGGAUCACAUGUUCCUUACAAUGUUACUGAUUUCUCCACUCAGGCAUCUCAAAGUGGAUAUGCUGUUGAUUAUGUUACACAAGGAGCACAAGGUGGGUUUCCAGGAAACUUCUUGAAUCAGAAUUCUCAAGCUGGAUAUUCUCGUUUUGGUUCUGGAAAUGAUUUCAUGUCUCAGGAUUACAUGGCUCAUGGAUCGCAAGGAUUAUUCACUCAGGUUGGCUUUAAUGAUCCCUCGCAAGAUGAUGCAUCACAGAGCCACUUUGGCAUAGCGAAUCCAAACCAACUUCAAUCCCAGGGCUUGAUGAAUUCUCUGUACUCUCAGCCCUUUGCCCAUUACAACACUCAGCCACUGAACUUGCAGGCUCCACAACAGCAGCCGCAGCAGGCAACUUGGUUUGUGCUGUCAUGUGUGCCCAAAUAUAUCUCUGCUGAAAGUGCAGAAGAGUUUUCCAUGCUUUUGAGGUCAGUUCUGAUUUGGGCUGCACAUCCGAGGCUGAGAAAGAAAAGGAUAAACCCAAUUUGCCUGCUUAAAGUAGUGUGUUUUGAGAAGGUAAAGUUUUUCCGAAGGAGCAUUACAUGGCAUGGUUUGUUGGAAGGGUGUGGACGUGAAGAUGAGGGGUAUAUAAUACUACCUAUAGGGGAGACCCCUAUUAAUUAUACGAAAGCAGUUACCAUUGAGAAUUUUUGUACAGUGAUGGGGAAAGUCACCUAA